CCUCAUAAAGUGUGGAUGUAAUUGGCACUUUGCUCUAGUUCUGUUUGUUAGAUACCCUAAUAUUUAUUGUUUAACAAAUGCACAUAUUAUAGAACGUCAUCACGAUCUUAUAAUCAGAAAAAUAUUGCUCAUAGUUGCCAAUGUCAAUGUCAACUCAAUUGUCACUUUCACAUCGCCUUGUUGUCGUCACUCGUCAAUAAUUUCAAAGUAUCAUUUUUAAUUUGCAAACUCGCCGCAGGAUACGCCUAUAGAACUGAAAUCAGUAAUUACUGAGCUUCUAAAAUUAAUAAAGUAUACAAAAAAAAACUAAUUACGUCACCAGUUUUUGAAUGGAGAAACUUGAUGGUGAAACCGAAAUGCCAGCGCAAGACAACACAAACUCUGAGCAGUCUCGCCUCAUUGGCUCUAACAUGCCCAGCAGGGUUAGCUACAUGAAUCUUAUAAGCAACUUGAGUGCUGUAGUGCUCGUGGCAAUCAUCAUCUACUGCUGUAUCGCCAAAGAAGAGUCAAUCUUGUUUGCUCUCCAUCCGAUUUUGAUGGCUCUUGGGUGGACAGUCUUCAUGACAUCGGCUGUGAACGCAAUCACACCUGGUGAUCUUGCUACAGAAUGGAUGCCCAUUCGUCUGCGCAGCGCGCGCCACUGGGUGUUGCAGGUCGGAGCUGGGAUACUGAUCUUAAUCGCGUUCCUUUGUAUACUUUCCAAUAAAAUUAUUCAUGACAAGCCCCACUUUCAGACCUUGCAUUCUAAAUUUGGAUUAACUGCCUUAAUUUUUAUGUUGGUAACCAUGAGUGGAGGUCUUGGAGCCCUGUACAGUCUUAAGUUGAAAAAUUACUUGGCCCCUAUUUAUACCAAACUCUUGCAUGCCUCUUUCGGGCUCCUAACUAUUGUGCUUGGCAGCGUGGCAAUAAUACUCGGCUUCUAUUCCAACUGGUGGACAUUUGGAGAAAUAUUGCGGUACUCCAACUUGACAUUAAUAUUGAUUGUCAUGCUCUUCACAAUAUUGCGUCCAUGCUUAAAAGUAUACUUCCGUCUGAUGGAAAGAAUUGAAAACGGGAAUUAACUCAUACUUGAAGUCUAAACAAAAGUCUAUCCAUAUGGUGGUUAUCACACUGCCACUGCAACCAACGUCACUAUAUACAUUCAUAGCGCCACCUUGUUCGUUGCGGCGCCUGUGUGAAGACCGCCAAUUCCCUAUUGGAUAUCUCAUGACCCAUGAACCAACGAGUAUGCAGUUAGUAUAGCAGCUAGUAAGAUGGAUAUAACUUAUAUGGGUUAUAAGUAAAAGUUUAAUAUUUUGUAAGCAUAUUCGAACUAAGUGUUUAACCUGAAAGUUAAAAUUUAGUAAAUGCCUUAUAUCCAGAAUUCGGCUGACCGCUAAAUAAAGUGGUUUCAAACUUAUUAAUAGUAUCCUUCGUCCUUUUAUGUUUGAUCUCUUUAAGUAAAUUAAGAUAAGUUGUUUUCCAGUCUCUAUAAGAGAAAGGGACGAACUAUCUACAUAAUUAUAUCAUUGUUGGUUUAUGGGACAUUUGUGUAGGUAUGUAUGUAGAUACGUGUUGCUUUAGCCUUGCAUCAUUCAAAUUGGCAUUUAUUGCUCUCGUUUCCGCGCUCACUUAAGUUAUAGAUAGGUACCAAACUUAAUUUAUACUUAAUGGAAUUUUAAUUUUAUACAAUCAUCAAGUAUAUUUCAUAAUAUUUUCUUAAACUUUAUUGUCUUGUAUUCUUAUACAUGCAAUGAUUCUUAUACACAAAAUCGACUCUUUUAAUUGGUCCAACAACAUAUCUUGCACCGUUGCACUUACUAAAUACAAUUUUAAGUGUAGGUAUAAUCGCGAAUUAUACAUAUUAUAUCGCUAGGAGAAGCAUUUUAUUUAUGUUAUGUACUAUUUCAUUUGUUAUUCGAUAUUACCUACCAGUAAAACGAUGGAUUAUAUUUUGUUAUAUGCUAUAUUUACAACAAUAAAUCAUGUUACAUUUAAAAAUAUACCGUAUUAGGUACCUAUAAAAUAUGCAUUAUUUAGAAAAUAUUAAUAGGACAUUUUUUGGUCAAACGACUUAUUUUUUACAUCAGGAUGUUCUCUGGUCGCAAAUAGGGCUCAAUGUUAAUCUUGACCUUGUUUAUAGCACAAAGUAAAAUCACAUUACAAAACCUUAUUAUUAAUUAUAAAAAUGUAGGUGCUUAUAUGUUACAAUUAACGUUUUAAAAAGAUAUUUUAAAUACAAACUUUACAAUUUUACCUAUAUUAUUAAGCAUAAUUAGUUCAAUGUAUCAUAUUUUAGUAGUUAAUCUAAUGGGGUUGAUACUGUUAAUUACUCAGUACAGAUGGCGCUUUAAGAAUUAGUUUCAACUGACAUAUAAGCACAUAACUAAGGGCCUAUUAUGAAUUAAAAAAAAAACGAAGCGAUAGAGUCGGAUGGACGAACGAAUGAAGUGGUCCGCGGUAAGCCUCAGGGCUGUAACAUCCUAAGGAGUCAUUUAUUAGCAAGGACCAUUAUUGUCAUCAGUUCGUCUAUUUGCCUCACUAAUGCUCGAAUUUGCAAGAGUGAUAGAGAAGCAUAAAACAAAAUUUCGAUAUUUGAUGUCGUAGUAAGUCCUCAGGACUAUAACAGCGAACCAUUUUAUUCGCUCGUACAUGUGAGUAAUUAGUAUAAGAAUAUUAUAUGUUAAGCCCCCAAAGUAUUAUAAGUAAAUAUUAACAAACAAAUGUACUCUUAAGGGUAUUUCCCACUAGCGUACAAAAUCUCACCUGUCAGUUGGAAUCAGCAAUUUACUGCAGCGCUAUCUGUGUUAAAGAAUUUUAAGGACCAACAGAUAAAAAUGUGUACAUUGGUACCCAAUGAAAAAAAAAUUGAGUUAAAUUAAAAAUCUAAAGAUUUUAAAUAACGGUUAAUAGCGUGUCGGGCCACGCUUAUUUGAGCGUUCCGUACCUUCAUACAUUAUUAACCCGUUCAGGGCCAGCGACUCAGCUUAUGGAUCAUGCUCAAACAGUUCCGCAGGGCUAGUGAGUCACAUGUGAGUCCUGAAGAAAUUCUGAUUUAAACAUAAUUUGACAUAAUAACGUACGUAUCCAUUGAGUUAACUAUUUCUAUAAGGUAUAUUCAGAUAAAAAAUUAUAAACACAUUUUUUAAAAUGAAAAUAGAGCCUAGAAUAUUCAAUUUUGGUUUACAAGUUAUCAGUGCAAUAUAGUAAUUAAACUGAAAUUCUAGAUACAUACGCGUUGCAAGCAAACAGAAAAAUCCAUAUUUCAAAGAUACCAUAAAUAUGUAUAUUUUAGAAGUUAUUGACAUGGCUCAGGGUAUGGGUCACCGUGGUCUGGCGCUACUUUUAAAAACUACAAAUGUUUCCGUACAAGUAAAGUAAGGUGAAGCUAUCCAACUUAGUUAUGUUAUUGCUUAUUGCCCGCUCUUGCUUUCCUAUUGUAAUGAUAUUACACUAUUAAGUUUCUAUAAUACCUAUACUGGAUUAUCUUGCCAAAUACAUGUCUAAUUAAGUAAUUAUUUUUUAAACUAUCAACCGGGCACGCCAUGUACCGGUAAUUCAUAAAACUUAAGAGGGGCGUAAAGCCACGAAAUUAUAAGGAAACAGAGGACACGACGACGCGCCGCGCGAUGUUUGCGACGAAAGGGGUGCCUAAUGAUUCUCUGAAAAUGAAUUCGCAGAUUAUCGAUUCGCAGACAACGAUUCGCCGAAUAUCGUUUCGCAGAGUGAUUCAUUUGUAGAUGUAACUUUUGGUCGACUAACGUUACGCAGACUCUUGGUUCACAUACAGUUCAGUUCGCUUCUGUGUAAAUUAGCAGAACUAUUAUAGGAAGAUUUUCAUUUAGCAGAGUAAUCUUUUCGUUUAAGGAAUGUUUAUUCGAUUAACGUUUCACAUUUCAUACAUCGUUAUUUUCGAAAUAAUUCUUUUUACAAAAAAAAGGAAAACGACUUCAAAAAGGAUGAAAUAAAAUAUUAUCCUUUUUUAAGUACCUAUUGUAUUGUUAAGUAUUGUUUUUGUAUUGUAUAUGAGCGAUUUUCCGUAACUCGACGACUGACGCCUAUUUUGCGUGACACUAUGUAUUAAGUACCUAUAUGCGUUAAGCACAGUUUAGGUUUGAAUCAUUUUUUUACUUAAAUAUGAACAAAAGCAUAGAUAUUGUACAAACAGCAACACUCUUAACUGUCCACCGGUUAACCUUAUGCCUUUUGUAAUAAGGUCCACCGAUGGACAGUUAACAGUAUGGGCCAUCGUACCUAAUAUGCAAUAUAGGUUUUUAAUAUCUGGGAGACCCAGCCUUGCUCGGAAAAUAUAUAAAAGUGCGUGUUUUUCCAGGGAUACGACCUAACUAGAUCGCCCCCCGAAAAACCCCAUAUAGCAAAUUUCAUCGAAAUCGUUAGAGCCGAUCCGAGAUCCCUAAGAUUUUAUGGUCAUUUGUGCUAGUGAAAAUAAGUAUAUAAUUAAAUGUGUCAAAACCAUAUUUAUCUGACUCAAACUAAAAGUUGUUGUGUAGGCUAAUCAUGUCCUAGUCUAGCCAUAAAUAAGAGGGAAGUUUUGCUAAUCAAUAAUGCCAAAUGAUUAUUCGACCUAUUGGGUUUCGACCAAUAGUUUCUCGGGUAAUUGUGAGAGUUACUAAAUGAUUAUUCUACGAAAAGUAAAUAUACGUAUCAAUGUUCUGCGUAUUGACUACUCGUGCAAACGACUAUUAUGCGUAAUGACAUUCUGCCAAUCGUUACUCGGCCAAAGAACCCGUCUGCGAAUCGUUGUCGGCGAAUCGAAAAUCGGCGUAUUUUUUGUCGGAAAAUCAAUAGGGCACCGUGUAUCUUUCAUAUUUACGCACGGCGUACAGUCUACACCGUUUCAUGGGUCAUUCCCACUAGUUACCACCAAGUUGUAACCAGUGGUAACUACUGGGAGGGGUAACUAGUUACCUACUAGUGGCAAUAACCCCGUUUCAUUGAUUACAAUGUAUAAGGUGUCAUUCUCAAUCUGUUCUUAAUAGAUUCGUCUCGGUGGGAUAUUUAUCAGGGUAUUUUAAAAUUGCUGGCAAAGCCUAAACCCAGUUGGGUUCUUUAACUGUUGCAUAUGACAUGGUCGAUCUUUGUAAUUUAUUUACAAACUAGUCUUAAAAUGAUCUUAUUAAAAAAGUACUUAUUUUAA